AUGGCGAGCGCUGUGGCGACUGACAGCUCCAUGAUCCACCCCAUCGUCUUCAGUCCUGAACCAGGGUCUGGGUCCAAGAGUCCGGGGGCGGCGAUGGCGAGCGCUGUGGCGAGUGACAGCUCCAUGAUCCACCCCAUCGUCUUCAGUCCUGAACCAGGGUCUGGGUCCAAGAGUCCGGGGGACUCCUAUGGACUCGUCAGGGACUCGUCAGGGACUCGUAUGGACUCGUCAGGGACUCGUAUGGACUCGUCAGGGACUCGUAUGGACUCGUCAGGGACUCCUAUGGACUCGUCAGGGACUCGUCAGGGACUCGUAUGGACUCAUCAGGGACUCGUCAGGGACUCCUAUGGACUCGUCAGGGACUCCUAUGGACUCGUCAGGGACUCGUCAGGGACUCGUCAGGGACUCGGACUCGUCAGGGACUCGUAUGGACUCGUCAGGGACUCGUAUGGACUCGUCAGGGACUCGUAUGGACUCAUCAGGGACUCGUAUGGACUCGUCAGGGACUCGUAUGGACUCGUCAGGGACUCCUAUGGACUCGUCAGGGACUCGUCAGGGACUCGUCAGGGACUCGUCAGGGACUCGUCAGGGACUCGUAUGGACUCGUCAGGGACUCGUAUGGACUCGUCAGGGACUCGUAUGGACUUGUAUGGACUCGUCAGGGACUCGUCAGGGACUCCUAUGGACUCGUCAGGGACUCCUAUGGACUCGUCAGGGACUCGUCAGGGACCCGUCAGGGACUCGUAUGGACUCGUCAGGGACUCGUAUGGACUCGUCAGGGACUCGUCAGGGACUCCUAUGGACUCGUCAGGGACUCGUAUGGACUCGUAG